AUGGCAGAGUCAGAAGUCUGGUCGAUUGGGAGUAUUGACCCCUUGACCGAGGAAAUCGACCCAGCACGCGUGGCCCAGAAUCGCAAGUUGCAGGCAUGUUUCUACUACACAGGCGCGGCAACACUUCUUGGCUGGCAAAUUAUUUUGAGCUUUACUCACAGCUUUGAUUGCAACCUUUUUCAUGGGAAGCGCUUUGCUGGAGCUGGCUGGGCAUUUUGGUGUUCAAUGGCCUACUCCUUAGCUGUGAACAUCACGCAGCUCAUCCUCACAAGCCGGACAGUGGUGUCUCGAAUUCCUUUUGCUACCCGAUGGAAUGUGGCUGCGGUUUGUACGGCUCUAUCCUUGGUGGGCCUCCUAGGGUGCCACACGUACACCACUCCUGAAACAAUGGAGAUGGGUUUUGCCGUGGCUGUGGCUUUUGUGUCACUUACCGGCGCCGCAUCCGGAAUUUGGCAGGCAUGUGCCUUUGGUCUGGCAGGUUGUCUCUCCCCGUGGUUUGCACAAGCCUUGAUGUUUGGUCAGGGCUUGGGGGGAGUCUUCUCCAGUGUGCUUGGAACUGCCUUCAGCUCUUCAAAGUAUGGCUUGUUCUUCAGCUUUGCCUUUUCUGCAGCCUUCGCGUUGCUGGGCAUCCCCAUUCUCUACAUCAUGACGUCAAGCCCGCUUGUGCAGGACACCGGUGCUCUCAAGCCCUGCACAGUGGCCCAGAGACAGAACACGCCUUCCAGCAGUCCAAUGCUGACGCGUGGGCGGUCUUCGCGAGAGAUCUUAACCCAGAACGCAUGGCCACAAGCAGUGACUGUGGCAGCCGUUUUCACAUUUACCUUCACCGUCUUCCCCGGAGUCACAUCCCGACUCUUACCAGGCAACCGGGUGCCACUGCUCAUCUCCCUGUUUCAGAUUUUUGAUGUCGUUGGCCGCUUUGCACCUCAAUGGUCAGCGGUGCGUAUCAGUGAAGGACGUGUUGUCUCUACGCUUGCAGCCAUGCGUGUGCUCUUUGUCCCCCUUUUCAUCGCCAUGCAGCGCCAAAGCAUGGACAGCUGGGCACAAAAUGCCUUCGUACAGAUUGCCGUGAUGGUCUUCUUCGCAUUCUCCAACGGUUAUGUGUCAACCUUGUCCAUGAUGCUGGGGCCAGAGCAGCGUGGUGUCUCUGCCGAUGAAAGAGAGCCUGUGGGUACCAUGAUGUCCUUGUCCUUAGUCUUCGGAAUCUGGCUUGGAAGCCUGUUGGCGCUGGCGACUCAAAUCGGAAUGAAGGGCACCAACGAAUGUUGA